GAAGAGCACAAAAAGCUGGAACUUUUGGCAUUUGAAUCAGAAACAAGAAUUGCUUCUUUGGAAGAAGAAAUAACAGCUACGUUGAAGGAGAAAGAAGAGGUGAUAUCUAUUAAUGAUGGUUUGAUGUUAGAACUGGAAGGCUUGACUGAAAAAAUGAACACAUCAACUUCUGAACUAUAUAAUUUGACGGAGGAAAUUUCUACUCUUAACAAGGUAGUUGGCCAGUGCAUUGUCAAUGCUUGGAAGCCCAAAAUGCUGUUAAACAAGGAGAAACAAAGAUUGGAAGAAUCUGAUAUCAACCAAGAAAAUUUGAAAAGCUCUAUCAAAGUACUAAUGGAAGAAAAGGAGGAGUUGGCUAUGCAACUCACUGAUUCACUUUUAGAAAUAGAGGAGGAAAGGGCAAUAUGGUCUGCGAAAGAGAAAGCUGCACUUCUAGCUAUAGAAGAACAAACAAAAGAAGAAUGCAGAACCGUACAGGAAAGAUUGACUAUUACAUAUGAAAAUUCACAUAUCAAGGAAAAUUUCAGUGGUGAGCACAUGAUUAGUGGUGUUGCUGUGUCAACCUGGUUGAGAUACCUUCUAAAGACCAUAUUUGAUAGCACUUGGCAACUGUUACAGGGAAAGGUUUCAAAGUGGAAUCAAUUGGAUAAUUGCCUUGAAAAUACCGAUGCUGAUAGCAAACAAUCUCUAGAAAUGUCAAAAGCUAAUUCAGAGAUGCAAUCUUUGGACAAUGAGGUGCAUGGCCGUCCUGACGAAGAGAAAGAAAAUGAAAUGAGGAAUGAACUACACGUUCAUGACAAAGGAUAUAAUCUAUCAAGCCCGAACGAGUAUCAG